AUGCCGCACGAUGAUGAAUUCCAAAAUAAACCAUCCCUUGCAGCUCUCUCCAGUCGCCCUGGGGCCUUAGGUGCCCUUGCUCGUUUUUGGAAACGUUCGUAUGCAGCGGACUAUAAUGCGGUUGGAAGGCCAAGGCCUGAUCUUCUCUCGCGCUGUAGUCCAAAAAAGGGGACACCGGAACAUUUGCUGGUUACCCUUGAUGUUUGCGGAGAGCCCGACUCGCACAAACUACAUGAGGGAUGGAGGAGUUUUCCGAGCGGGCAUAGCAGUAUUGCUUUUGGGGGGUUGGGAUAUCUCGCCAUGUUUCUUUCUGGCCAGUUACGUGUCUUCCGGCCUCGAACCGGUCUGGCAAAAUUCCUUUUCUCUCUAUCUCCACUACUGGGCGCUCUGAUGAUCGCCAUGUCUCGAUUGGAAGAUUAUCGACAUGAUGUAUAUGACGUAACAGCUGGCUCACUCCUGGGACUGUCAGCUGCAUACUUUACAUACCGACGCUAUUAUCCACCUUUGCGAUCGGUUGAUUGUGAAAAUCCCUACAGCAGAGCGGAUAUUCCCCCUGAAGGAUUCCAUAAGGUUGCGAGAGAUGAGGAAGAGCGUCUAUAUGAUGGCACUCCUGCUCGAGGCGUAUCUGAGGGGUUUGGUGCUAGAUAUCAGAGGAGGGAGAUAGGCUCAGGCAGUCGGAAUUAG